AUGCGUCCAGCAGACCGCGAUGGAUUUGAGAUCGGCAUAAUUUGUGCCUUCACUCUAGAGGCCGAUGCUCUUGAAGCACUGUUUGACGAGACUUAUGAUAAAUUCGGUACAAGAUAUAGCAAACAUCCCCGCGAUACAAACGCAUACAUCACUCAAAUAAUAGGUUAUCAUGAUGUUGUCCUCUGCUAUUUACCAGGAAUGGGAACAGAAAGUGCAGCGGACUUUGCAGCAAAUCUCCGAAUCAGCUACACACACAUUCAGCUGACUCCGGUGGCUGGGAUCUGUGGGGGUGUUCCAUUCCCACCUAGUAACGCUAAUAUUGUACUAGGUGAUGUUAUUAUCAGCGAUAGUGUGAUUCAGUUUGAUUUUGGCCGACAAUACACUGAUGAAUUCAAGCGAAAGAGUGAUGUCAAGGAGACACUAGGACGACCUAAUCUGGAAAUUAGAUCCAUCCUUGCAGGUCUUCAGGGUCACUUAACAAAUAAAGAAUUGCGAGAUUGUAUCUACGAAAACGCCCAGACGCUUCAGAACCAAGUAUGUGCUGUAUGGAAGUGCCCAGAUGGCCCGCGGGAUGGCAAAGGAACUCGAAAGCAUUGCUUCAACCGGCUAACCCACACCGACGAGAUUGUUUCGCGAACCACGCUCCAUUAUGUACUUGAUCGUCAAAGCUACCGACACUCUCUGCAACCUUAG